AUGGACAAGCUCAACUCAGAGCCAGUGCGCCCUGGGAACGUGAGCUGGGCGCUCAGUUACACCAACUCAACAUGCAGUGCCAAGGAGUCCAUUGCAGUUUUCAUCAACCAGGUCCAAAGAGAGCACAUUUCUGCUCUGUUUGGACCAGCAUGCCCAGAAGCAGCAGAGGUAAUUGGUUUGCUGGCCUCUGAGUGGAACAUCCCCUUGUUCGACUUUGUUGGACAAAGGGCAGCUCUGGAGGACCACUUCUGGUGUGACACCUGCGUGACACUUGUGCCACCCAAGCUGGGAAUCAGCGCUGCGCUCCGGGAAAGCCUGCGGUACCUGGGCUGGGAACAUGUAGGGGUGUUUGCAUACUCCUCUGGGGCUUCCCCCUGGGAAGAAGUGGAUAAGAUGUGGAGGGCUGUUGAGGAUGGACUCCAACUCCAUUUCACUAUCACGGCCAGCAUGAGAUACAGCAACAGUGGCCCAGACCUCCUGCAGGAAGGCCUCAGGAACCUGUCAUCUGUUGCCAGGGUUAUCAUCCUCAUCUGCAGCUCAGAGGAUGCAAAAAGCAUUCUGAAGGCUGCCGAGAGCCUGCGGCUCAACACUGGAGAGUUUGCCUUCAUUCUUUUGCGACAGCUGGAGGAUACUUCUUGGAAGGAAGUGCUGAUAAAUGACAAGGUGACAGGCCCUCCCAAGGUCUAUGCAUCAGUGUUUGUCAUCGCACCCAGCUCCCCUGGAGAAGGCACAGGAGAUGAUGGCUUCCGGAAACAAGUCUACCAAAAGCUGAGGAGGCCACCCUUCCAAAGCUCCAUCUCCUCAGAAGGGCAGGUGAGCCCUUACUCUGCCUACCUCCACGAUGGCCUCUUACUCUACGCUCAGACUGUGGAGGAGAUGAUAAAGGCUGGGAAAGACUUCCGGGACGGGCGGCACCUAGUUAGCAUCCUGAGAGCUGGUUGGAUCACACUGCGGGGAAUCACUGGUCCAGUGCUUUUGGACUCCCAGGGGGAAAGGCGCAUGGAUUACACGGUCUAUGCUCUACAGAAAUCUGGAAACAGAUCCCACUUUCUUCCUUUUCUUCAUUAUGACGGUUUUCAGAAAGUAAUCAGACCCUGGAUGAAUGCCUCUAAUAUCUCACAGCCCCAUGGCUUCCUUCCUGAGUACAAACCUGGCUGUGGAUUUCAUAACGAGCUUUGCAAAAUGGAGCCUCCUACUGUAGCAGGCAAGUGUAGGACAACUACUGCUGUUGUGGUUCCCAUGGUGACACUCCUGGUAGCCACCAUCAUGGCUCUGCUGUUAAGGAUGUUGAGAGGAAAAGUGCAGAAUCACCAUGGAGACACCUGGUGGCAGGUCCCUUACGAAAACAUCACUGUUCUACCCCAGCACAAGCCAUCCCAGCGAGGCAGCCCUGUGUCAAGGUGCAGUGUUAGUAAUGCACCUACUGUGAAGGGUUCUGCAGACUGCAGCUCCUUUUUCAAGAGCCAACAGGGGGAAGAGGAAGACCUGUUUUAUACCCCCGUGGGGCUUUACCAGGGAAAUCAUGUGGCCCUCCGCUACAUUGGUGACAAAGCAGAAGCAUGGGUUAAGAAGCCAACUGUGCUGCAAGAAAUCUGGCUGAUGUGUGAGUUGAAGCAUGAAAACAUCGUCUCCUUCUUUGGUGUUUGCACAGAACCACCUAACAUCUGCAUUCUCACACAGUAUUGCAGAAGAGGAAGUCUUAAGGACAUUUUGAGAAACUCUGAUCAUGAGAUGGAUUGGAUAUUCAAGCUCUCAUUUGCAUAUGACAUAGUAAAUGGAAUGCUGUUCCUGCACAGGAGCCCGCUGAGGUCACAUGGCAACCUGAAACCCUCCAACUGCCUGGUAGAUGGUCGUAUGCAAGUGAAGCUGUCAGGGUUUGGGCUGUGGGAGUUCAAGCACGGCUGCACAUAUAGGACCUGCAGCCAGAGAGCCCCAGACCACUCAGAACUCUACUGGACAGCCCCAGAGCUGUUGCGCCUUCAGGAGCUUCCAUGGUCUGGCACCCCACAGGGAGAUGUUUACAGCUUUGCUGUUGUCCUGAGGGACUUGAUCCACCAGCGGGCCUGUGGGCCCUUUGAUGACCUUGAGGAGGCUCCAGAGGAGAUCAUCAGGCGCAUCAAAGACCCCCGGGGACCAGUUCCACUUCGCCCAUCCCUGUCAGAGGAUAAAGGCGAUGGACGGAUUGUAGUCCUGGUGAGGGCGUGUUGGGAUGAGUCUCCAGAGCAAAGGCCCACCUUUCCUUACAUCAGGAAGAUGUUACGAGAAGCCAGUCCCAGAGGCCGGGUGAGCAUCUUGGAUAGCGUGAUGGGCAAGCUGGAAAUGUAUGCCAAUCACCUGGAGGAAGUGGUGGAAGAGCGGACCUUCCAGCUGGCGGCAGAGAAAAGAAAGGUGGAAAAACUCCUGGCCACCAUGUUGCCAAGCUUCGUUGGAGAACAGCUAAUAGCCGGGAAGUCUGUAGAGCCAGAACAUUUCGAGUCUGUCACCAUCUUUUUCUCUGACAUUGUGGGAUUCACAAAGCUGUGCUCUCUCAGCUCCCCCCUGCAAGUCGUGAAGCUCCUCAAUGACCUGUACAGUUUGUUUGAUCACACAAUUCAAACCCACGAUGUGUACAAGGUUGAAACCAUUGGAGAUGCGUACAUGGUGGCCAGUGGGCUCCCCAUCCGCAACGGAGCUCAACACGCAGAGGAGAUUGCCACCAUGUCCUUGCGUUUACUCAGCACCACCACCCACUUCCAGAUCGGGCACAUGCCUGAGGAGAGACUCAAGCUGCGGAUAGGCCUCCACACAGGUCCUGUGGUGGCCGGUGUGGUGGGGAUCACCAUGCCUAGGUACUGUCUUUUUGGAGACACUGUGAACAUGGCAUCCAGGAUGGAGAGCAGCAGUCUGCCUCUCCGGAUUCAUGUUUCUCAGAGCACCGCAGAAGCCCUUCUAGCAGCAGGAGGGUACCAUCUGCAAAAGAGAGGCACCAUUUCAGUCAAGGGCAAGGGAGAACAGACGACCUUCUGGUUGAAAGGAAAAGAUGGUUUCACAGUUCCACUCCCCGAGUUUACGGAGGAAGAAGAUAAAGUUCCAGAGAUCUUGUGAGACUCUUUCAAGAUGUUUGUAGAACCCACUAAGGCCCGUGGGGAUCCUUUUUGGGGGAAGGUAUCCAAUAGUCCUCUGCACAAUUGUAGUUCCUGCAUUGAGUCCAUCUCC